UUUUAUAUCAGAAUCAGAUGAUUACUCAAAAUUUAUUCUUGACUUGGAACUUGGCACUUCUGGUCACUUGUAUAUUUUAUUCGUAGUAAUUUCAUAAGUUUUUUUUUUUUUUUUAAAUUUUAGCAGUUAAAUUAUUGUGUGACAGCAAGAAAUCAUCGUAGUGACAGUCAGUAGCUCCAGGCUGUUCAGGGUUCAGGGGCCAGUAUGGCCACCUGGGACGGCUCCUACUCAGGGGACCCUACUCACGAAGACAAUAAACUAUUUUAUUAUUAUUCAAAUUCAAAUUCAAAUUCACAAAAUCCUGUUUCUGAUGAUCGUCAAUGGAACCAAUACACCAGUAAUGAUAAUCAAUUAUCCGCAACGACUAGUCACAUUGAUAAUACUUCAACAUUUAAAACAAACAAAACUUACUACGAUUCACCAUCAUCAAAUUCCGUAGCUGACAACUCAAACUGUUAUUUUGAAAAUAAUCGUAAGCAACAAUCAUCAUUUCGCCCUAAAACUGACGGAUCAUUUAAAAACAACGACUACAAUAUUGUGCGGCAAUCAAAUUUACAUCCAGGUGCCAAUGAAUUUAUUCCGUCAAGUGCUAAUCCAUCAACAGAAUCAUCGAAAAUUUUUUUUCCCGACAAUAGAAGCAAACAACAGCAACAGCAAUACGCCAACCGUAAAUAUGAUAAUAAAAAAAAUAAUUAUCGUCAACAAGACACAGAUUAUUCCCAAAAUUCAUACAAAGGUUACGAUAAAUAUAGAAAAAAAAAUUCAAACAAUAAUAAUAGUAGUGCAUCUUAUAGUAAUUACAGUAAUAAUGGCUAUGAAUCACACAAAGAUUAUCCGGAUAAUGCCGACAGUUAUGAAAACACUCAAUUGAGUAACGAAAGUAAGACUAGAGAUAAGGAUACCACUGGGUUAUCAUCAUCCAGAGCACCGUACAAUGGACGAAGACCUAGAAGCCAUGGCAGAUAUAAUUUAAAUUCAAAUACUGAUUAUAAAAAUAAUGGUAACAACUCAACAAGACUUGGGAAAAAUAUAAAUCAUAAUAGUAAUAGUAUAAAUUGUAGUGAUGAAAAUAAUAAACAGCAGCCCGUAAGUAGAGAUCCUCGUGAUGAAAGAUAUUAUCGUGGAUUUAAUAAUGACAAUAAUUUAGAUGAUGAUAAACACCAAGUGCCGAGUACUAUUAAGAAAGACAAAAAACCGGUGAAAAAUAAUAAAGAAUUUUACGGUGAUGAUUCAAGAGAUGAUAGAUAUCGAAGUGCUGGUAGUGGCAAUAGACGAGACGAUUACUAUGAAGAAAAAAGUUACAGAGAUAAUAAACCGAAUUAUUAUUAUCGGGGUUACCGCGAUAAUUAUGAACGCGAUGUUAAAUCUGAUAAUAAACAGCAGCAGAUGAAAGAAGAAAAUAUUAGUAAUAGCAGUAGUAACAGUAGAGCAAAGGAAGAGUUCAGUAAAGACGACAACUUGUCGUCAGUAAACUGGCGGGAAAAAAAAAAUAGUCAAGUAAUUAAAAAAGGAAACAAUAAAAAAGGACUAGGAAUAGACGAUGCCGCGACACAAAAAGAAUCUUUGACUGAACAAUUGAACAGAGGUAAACUUGAAUGCUUAGUUUGCUGUGAAAAUAUCAGGCAAAAUGAUCCAAUAUGGUCGUGUAAUAAUUGCUAUCAUGUGUUGCAUUUGAAAUGCAUUAAAAAAUGGGCGGAAUCAUCCCAAAGUGAGAGUGGGUGGCGAUGUCCAGCCUGUCAGAAUAUAAAUCUCACUAUUCCUGAUGAAUAUUAUUGUUUUUGCGGUAAAACAAAGGACCCAGAAUGGAAUAGACGUGAUAUUGCACACUCAUGUGGUGAAAUAUGUGGUCGCACACGGGCUAAAAAUAAUUGUAUCCAUAAAUGUACAUUACUUUGUCAUCCAGGAUCAUGCCCAUUGUGUUUGACGAUGGUAAGACGUUUUUGCGGUUGUGGUAAAACAUAUAAAAGUUUAAAAUGCAGUACUGAUACUCAGUUAUCUUGUUCAAAUAUUUGUGAUAUAUUAUUAAACUGUAAACAGCAUAAAUGUGAAAAAAUAUGUCAUCACGGUGAUUGUGACCCAUGUGAAAAAAAAAUAAAUCAAGUCUGUUAUUGUGGUAAAGAAAAUCGUCAUGUUGAUUGCCUCCAAGAUAUUCCAUUAGUAUAUUCCUGUGGUAAAAUUUGUAAUAAUUUACUCGAUUGUGGUAAUCAUAAAUGCAAUGACAUAUGCCACGAAAAUUCAUGUAAAUCUUGUCCACUAAAACCAGAAACUGUAACACACUGCUGUUGUGGCAAAACACCAUUGACAGUUAAACGCGAUAACUGUUUAGAUCCGAUUCCUACUUGCGACGAAAUUUGUUCGAAAAAAUUACUAUGCGGACAACCAAGUUCACCUCAUACUUGUAAAGUACCCUGUCAUUCAGAUGAUUGUCCGCCUUGUGAUUUAACAACAUGGGUUAAAUGUCGUUGUGGUAAUAUGGACCGUGAAAUUUUAUGCGUUGACUUAACAACAAAAGCUGACGACGCGAGAUGUCAAAAAAAAUGCGUCAAAAAACGAUCAUGCGGUAAACAUAAAUGUAAUCAAUUGUGUUGCAUUGAUAUUGAACAUAUAUGUCCAUUACCGUGUUCUAAGACACUGAGUUGUGGUAAACAUAAAUGUGAAUUAACCUGCCAUAAAGCUAGAUGUCCACCAUGCUACAGAAGUAGCUUUGAUGAAUUAUACUGCGAAUGUGGAGCUGCUGUUAUUUACCCGCCAGUACCUUGUGGUACACGACGACCAACUUGUUCACGUCCUUGUUCACGUCAACAUUCAUGUGGUCAUCAAGUUAUUCACAAUUGUCACAGUGAAACAUCAUGUCCACCUUGUACGGUACUUAGUCAAAAAUGGUGUUAUGGCAAACAUGAGUUGAGAAAAGCUGUACCCUGUUACUUUAAUGAACUGUCGUGUGGUAUGCCAUGUGGUAAACCAUUGCGUUGUGGCAGACAUAAAUGUAUAACUCUGUGUCAUCCUGGUCCAUGUGAGAAACCAAAACAACUGUGCACACAACCCUGCACUACACCAAGAGAAUUGUGUGGUCAUAACUGUGGUGCGCCGUGUCAUGAUGGCAAAUGCCCACCAGAUAACACACCUUGUAAAGAAAUGGUCAAAGUGACUUGUACUUGUGGUCAUCGAACAAUGACACGAGCUUGUGCUGAAAAUUCACGUGAAUAUCAAAGAAUAGCUAGUGGUAUACUUGCUAGUAAAAUGAUUGACAUGCAGCUAGGGCAUUCUGUUGACUUGGAGCAAGUCUUUGGCCAAGGAGCUAGAAAACAAAAUCAAUUGAGAACAUUGGAAUGUAAUGAUGAGUGUAAAACAAUUGAAAGAAACAGAAAACUAGCUCUUGGACUACAGAUUGUCAAUCCUGAUCUUAGUGGUAAAUUAUUGCCGCGUUACAGUGAUCACAUGAAACAAUGGGCUAAGAAAGAUCCGUCAUUUUGUCAAAUGGUGCAUGAAAAAUUGACAGAAUUGGUACAACUUGCCAAGACCUCGAAACAAAAGUCAAGAAGUUAUUCAUUUGACAGUAUGAAUAGAGAUAAGCGACACUUUGUGCAUGAAGCGUGUGAACAUUUUGGGUGUGAAAGUCAAGCUUAUGAUCAAGAACCGAAACGUAAUGUGGUAGCAACUGCUGUCAAAGACAAAUGCUGGUUGCCAAGCUAUAGUCUAUUGGAAAUGGUUCAAAGAGAAAGUGGUCAGCGUAAAGUGCCAAGACCGAUGCUAAAUACAACUAAAACUACUACCACAACUGGAACAUCACAAGUCUUACCAUCAACUGCCAGCAAGACACAAAAAUUACAAGCGACAACUAGCACUUCAAAUUCAUCAAAACCAUCAGAACAGGAAAUUGAUUAUUUUGAUUAUCCAAAUGCUAAAUGGAAGUAAUUUAUAUCCACGGAUUGUUAAAUUAUUAAACAAAACAAACCAUA